CUGGAAUUGACAUCAGUCUUAUUUUGAUCACUUGACAAUCAUGUAUUCGAUUGUACUGGUUUUGUUCUUUGUUUCUGGAUUGUUGGCUUUUGUGAUCAAUUCAUACAUUUUUGGAGGUGAAAAGGCAACAAAAAAUCAAUUUCCAUUUUCGGUGUCGCUGCGUAAAUUAGAAAAUGGGAUAUAUGUCCAUGAUUGUGGCGCAUCAAUAAUAUCCGAUCGUUUUGUGUUAACAGCUGCACAUUGUUAUCAUUCCAAACUGGAAAUAGGCGAUUAUCGAAUAGCAGUUGGUGCACAUAUGCGAGCAGAUCAAGGUGUACUGUACAGCAUAGAACGAUUUAUUAUACACCCAAACUAUGAAGCCCUCCAUAAAGCAAACGACAUCGCUUUAGUGCAAAUGAACGAUCCGAUACGUCUGAAUAAAAAUGCGAAAAUUAUUAAAAUUGAUCGAAAUUUCGUUGGGGAAAACCAGACAGCCAUUGCAGUGGGUUGGGGUGAAUCUGAUGAUAAAUACACAGGUUUAAAAUUUGCUCGAAUGAAAACCAUAUCCAAUGAUGAAUGUCGCAGACGAUCAAUAGCUCAAGCACCCAUCAAAGAUAAUAUUACAUUGUGCGCAUAUUCGGGACCGGGAACAGGAAUUUGUAAAGGAGACAGCGGUGGCGCAUUAAUUCAUGAAAAUAGGAUUAUUGGCAUUUCAUCUUGGGGACUACCUUGUGCCAGAGGAUUUCCAGAUGGUUUCACAAGAAUCAGCGAGUUUACGACAUGGAUUGAUGGAUUCAUCAAAUUAUCGUUAUUUAUGGAAUUUCCAGACUCAAAUCAAUGCGAAUCGAGAAAAACAAAUUUAUAUUAUUAUUGGUCAAAAUAACAACAGCAAAAAAAAUGUGUUGACUCAAUGAUUUUGCAUGUGAUCAAGAUCACCGCACAUAAUCUGUUAUUUAUGAUGACACUUUAUUCAAAAUUAACACAAAAUUGUUGGUACUUGUAACAUUGAACACCACAUGACUGAGUGAUACAAAAACACUCUUUUUUUUACCAUUUAACCCCAUUGGAUUUGAUAAAUUGCAUUCGAAUUGCUUUUCUUCUGUAUAAAGUCAGAUACCUUAGGUUUGGCUGAAACAAAUUGGUCAAUUACCUAUUAAAUGUUAAAAAAAAAACAGUCAACAUGUUUUGCAAAACGCAAAAGCAAUCGUUAAUUUGAGAAUUUUUUUGGUAUAUAUCAUGCGUUCGUUUUUCGGUUCAUAAUUUCCGUAGAUAUUUAUAAUCGCAUGUCAAUUUUAUCGCGCAUAGAUGCAACAAUCUACAUCUGAUAUGAUGACUAACAAAAGUAAAUGAUGGUUUAUGAGUACUUGACGAAGAACCUAACUUUAUUGAACAGUUCCUUUGUUUAUAUACAUUUUAGACAGAUUAUGGAAUCAAAGAACGACCAUCUAAAGUUACCUAUAAAUAUUCAUGCCAAAAAGAUUACCAAAAUUUGGUUAUUUUAAAUAGAACUUGCAAUGUCCGCGCUAUUAAUCAACCGUGUGCUUAUGCAGUGUAUACGGUAUUCUUAUGUUUUAUUCGUGUGCAAAUUUGAAUACAAUGACAUUUGUAUGCAACGUUGAAUACGGCAAACUGCUUGAACGCAAUAAGUUUAAAGAGAGAUUGUGCCUCUAUAUUUAUGAGAUUUUCCGUCUACCUAAGGCAUUAAAAUGAAUUAUUCUUUCGUUUUCAAUUUUGCACAAAUUUGUGCAUAUUUCUGUAUUCACAAAACCUGUACACAAUUUAUUCAAUUCGCAAGCGGUAAAAUCUGUUGAAAAAAAAUUGCGUACUAUACUUUAUACUGCCUCACAUCUCCAGCGGUCAACACAUUAGCAUCACAUUUUGACAGAUCGCAUACAUUUAAUGACAUUCGGUUAAUUUCUUUCGAUGUAUACAUAAACUAUACAAAUCAUCAUUUGCGUUCGGUCAUUGCUUGUGGCAACAUCGCCCACAUUUUCUGUUAAAAACGCAGUUAACUGUUUGUCGAUAUUUUAUGUGUUGUAUCAAAAUUGUAUUGUAACUCAAAAUUGAAUCGGCGAUCGAACGACGCAAACAAAAUUGUGCGCAAACACCAUCGGACGCAUCAUAUUCAACAACACUCGAAGUUCUACGUGUAAUCACCGCUCAUUUAACAUGCCAAGUCUACAAACGCGGGCUUACUUACGCAGUUACAUUCAGAAAAAUGUCGAAGAUGGUGUUUGGAAAUUUUCCUUAAGAAUUGCAACGAACGUACUCGACUUGUUAAUAACAUUGGCAGCUGGAUACGAAGUGAGCAAAAUAACUUCCGACGAAAAGAAAGAUGUUGGGACGUUUGUGGAAUUUUUCAUUGUACUAGCACUUUGCGUAUUUAUAUGGAUUGUGAAAUGUUGCUGUUUGAAUCGCUUUUGCAUAACAUGUUGCGUGAAAUGUUGCACCAAAUGUGCUCAACGAAACCAACCAGAAGAAUAUCCAAUCGGAGAUAUGGAUGAAGCUGAGGAAGCCACUGAAGAUGUCGGAAGACUGCAAUCCAUUUUGAACAAACUGCAUAUGAUAUUGAAUCGACUAGCAAUUGGUGCCGUUGGAUUUGAGGUGAGAAAACAGCUUUUCAAAUGGAAGCCGCUUACCACUUGGGACUACAUUGAAAUUUCAGCGAUUGUGCUAUUCUGCAUAUGGAUAUUGUCAAUAAAAUAUUGUAUUCUCAAGUGCCAUUGCCUAAAAUGUUGCUGCUGGUGUGUUAAGGGCGCCUGCUUCAAGAAACGACAAAAUAUUGAAGUAACGAUUGCACAAAACGGAACGGCAAAUGUGGAGAAUGUCGAAGUGCGUAAUUGAAAUCGAAGCAUUUGAUAGCAUAUAAAUGAUGGAAAGAAGACUAAAACACAUACACACACAAAAUUAAAUCAAUCAUGUAAAAUAUAAGAAUUGUAUAAGAAAUCUACAGGGAAUAAAUUUAAGUUUAGUUGAAUUGUAUCAAAAGAAUCGUCAUACGGAUAGGGUAUUUAUUUCAUUCAUUGUCAUUGAUAUAAAAAAAAUCGUGUUUCAAAAAUUACAUAAAGAAAUUUUCAGUUUAAAUAACACAAA